AUGGCGGCGGAGGUGGAUUUUGGCGACCUAGAGCUGUUCGAGGCGUUUGACCACCCAGAGGAAUCCAUUCCGAAGCCCGUUCACACCCGCUUCAAGGAUGACGACGGCGACGAGGAGGACGAGAAUGGGGUCGGCGACGCGGAGCUGCGGGAGCGGCUUCGGCAGUGCGAGGAAACCAUCGAGCAGCUCCGCGCCGAGAAUCAAGAACUUAAAAGAAAAUUGAACAUUCUGACUCGACCGAGUGGAAUAUUGGUGAACGAUACUAAGUUAGAUGGACCUUUAUUACAGAUUCUCUUUAUGAACAAUGUUAUUUCAAAGCAAUACCAUCAAGAAAUAGAGGAAUUUGUGUCAAGUUUAGUAAAAAGAUUUGAGGAACAGCAGAAAAAUGAUGUGGAAAAGACUUCCUUUAAUCUUUUGCCCCAGCCAUCUAGUGUUAUGCUAGAAGAGGACCAUAAAGUGGAAGAAUCGUGUGCCAUUAAAAACAACAAGGAAGCUUUUAGUGUUGUAGGAAGUGUCCUGUAUUUUACUAAUUUUUGCCUUGAUAAAUUGGGGCAACCGCUUCUAAAUGAAAACCCUCAGCUUACCGAAGGAUGGGAAAUACCUAAGUACCAGCAAGUCUUCAGCCACAUUGUUUCUCUAGAAGGGCAAGAAAUACAAGUAAAGGCAAAAAGGCCAAAGCCUCACUGUUUCAAUUGUGGUUCUGAAGAACAUCAAAUGAAAGAUUGCCCAAUGCCUCGGAAUGCUGCUCGGAUAAGUGAAAAAAGAAAAGCGUAUCUGGACGCCUGCAGUGAGACAAACAGUCAGAAUUUUCAGCAGCGAUACCACGCGGAGGAGGUGGAGGAGAGAUUUGGAAGAUUCAAGCCGGGAGUCAUUAGCGAGGAACUUCAGGAUGCAUUGGGCGUGACAGACAAGAGCCUUCCACCUUUUAUAUAUCGAAUGCGCCAGCUGGGGUACCCGCCGGGGUGGCUCAAGGAGGCCGAGCUGGAGGGCUCCGGGCUUGCGCUCUAUGAUGGGAAAGAUGGUGCUGAUGGGGAAACAGAAGCUGGAGAAGCACAACAGAAUAAAAGUGUCACUUAUGAUCUCUCGAAAUUGGUAAACUAUCCAGGUUUUAAUAUAUCUACUCCCAGAGGAAUUCCAGAUGAAUGGAGGAUGUUUGGGUCCAUACCGAUGCAGGCGUGUCAGCAGAAGGACGUGUUUGCCAAUUACCUGACUUCUAACUUCCAAGCGCCGAGCAUGAGGUCUGGCAGCAAGAGGUCUUCAUCCCAGUCCAGCCCAAGCAGUCCAAAGAAGCAGAGGAAGGAGAGCAGCUCAGCAGCCUCCCCCGCGGACAUGGAGCUCGACUCAGAUGCGGAGGUCCCUCACGGCUCUCCCAGCGGGGAAGCUUUCCGGUUUCAGCCACCGCUGCCCCCUGGCACUCCCCCUCCUCUGCCCCAGGGGACUCCGCCGCCCAUCUUCACCCCUCCGCUCCCCAAGGGCACCCCGCCGCCGACUCCCAGCGACUCACCCCAGACCAGGACAGCGUCGGCAGCCAUGGAUGAGGACUCACUGACUCUGGAAGAACUUGAAGAGCAGCAGAGGCGGAUAUGGGCGGCCCUCGAGCAGGCCGAGAGUGUGAACAGUGAUUCCGAUAUUCCCGUGGACACACCUUUAACUGGGAAUUCGGUUGCCUCUUCGCCUUGUCCAAAUGAGCUAGACCUCCCUGUCCCAGAGGGAAAACCCUCUGAAAAGCAGAUGCCUGAUGAGCCCGAGGUACCAGACACUUGUACAAAAAAGUCGGAAGUUGAACAUUUUCUGAGCCCAGACUCUGAGCCGACAUUGCUUUGCCAGAAGGAAAAGGAAGAGUCUACUCCGAUGGACUCUAAAGAUGAUGCCCUUCUUGAUAAUGGCAACGUUGUGUCGAACUGUGACAUUAGUAAUGGAGGCAGUCAGAAGCUCCUUCGUGUGGACUCCAGUCCUUCAGCAGCCACUAAAGUUCAUAGUCCUGUACCUGACAUGAGCAAGUUUGCAACUGGAAUAACGCCAUUUGAAUUUGAGAACAUGGCAGAAUCCACUGGAAUGUACCUCAGGAUAAGAAACUUGUUAAAGAACUCGCCCCGAAACCAGCAGAAAAACAAAAAGGCUUCUGAAUAA